UAUUUAUGAGAAAUACAGUGCCGAUCGCGAGUAAAGCUACACAUUUUCGAGAGUAAGAGUACAAAAAUAAAACAGUGAGAGUGCGAGUAAUUCACUCCCGAGUACAACGCGAGUACAACUAAAAUGAUAUUACUCGCAUUUUUGUUAAUCAUACUCUCAAUGAUUAAUUAUAUUUUUACUCGCAAGUGUACUCACAUAAGUACAGUUUUUAAAGUCAAAGUAAUACGCGCGUGAACACAUUUAAUUUUUUUGCGAGAGAUAUUAAAUUGUAAACGUUAAAAAAAUCAAGUUAAAAAAAUUAAACUUUUUUUGCGAGAGAUAAUAAAUUGUAAACUUUAAAAAAAUUAGGUUAAAAAAAUUAAACUUUUUUUGCGAGAGAUAUUAAAUUGUAAACUUUAAAAAAAAUUAAGUUAAAAAAAUUAAACUUUUCUUGCGAGAGAUAUUAUAUUGUAAACUUUAAAAAAAUUAAGUUAAAAAAAUUAAACUUUAAUUUUAAAUAGUGAAAAAGACUGUGUUGUUUAGAAAGUAAAACAAAUUUAUUGUGGCAUAAAAAAACUGAGAGUAAGAGAUUACAUGUUUUUUUUUAAUUUUUUUUUUGCCUAUUAAUAAAAAGUCUGUGCCCAGAACUACGUUUCAAUAUCAUCAAAAACAUUGAGGAUAAAAAGAGAAAAAACAAACAACAACAAAAGUAUAGUAAAAAAUGUAUUAGUUGUUAAAAUGAAAGUAUAUAUACAAAUAACUUUUACCGUUCAGUUUAAAAACAAUAAAAAACGGACAACAGGCGAAACAUUAGUAAAACCUCAGAAGAAGUUCGUCAAAAAGGAUAGUGCAGCUGUUGAUAAAAGACAACCUUCAUUAGUAGAAAUAAAUUACAAAGUCCCACAACUAAAUUACCAAGUUGAUUUUAGUGAUGUUUUACGAGAACCGCGGAAGGCACAAAAUGGUAAAGUAGAAAACACCGCCGAAGAACCGCCAAAGGAUAAAGUGGAAAACACCGCCGAAGAAACGCCGAAGACGCAAAACGAUGAAGUUGAAAACACAUUCUCCUUUCUAAAGUUAUUGGUUUCACCUGGAAAACCACUGCCAUCAUUUUCGCCACCUACUUCGACACUAUCCACUUCUAUUCUUCCCGACCUACCUUUUUCUCCGCCUUCACCAGCCAGACCUCUGCAAUCAACACCUGCCGUUAGAACAACACUUUUUCCGAAUUAUCCCGAGCAAACAAAGCAGUGCACGUGCGAUUGUGCUGCUAUGCGACAAAUCAUUGAAAGACUAGAAAAGCGACUAGCUGCGUUGGAAGGGAAUGCAAUUGCCUUAUCCGCAAACUUUAUCGACGACAGUGACGAAGCAUUACCUUCAGUCCAGGGGUUGUCUCCACUAAAGGCGAUGCAGAGGACGAAUAUUGAUGAUGACGAUUUUCAAAUAAAUGAAAGAUUAAAUAGAAAAAAAUACAAGGUGGACACAGCUCCUACUAUAGAAAUUCCGACCGAAUUCUGGCCGAUAGCCAAUGAAGUGAGACAAGGGGCGACAUCUUUCAAAAACUUUAGCUAUCUGUUGCUGGCUAAAUUAUUUGACCACAAGGAGCUUGUAGGAAGAAAUUGUCGAGGAGUUAAAAAACCUGCGAUUGAUGGCUACAAACAAGAUAUUGUUAAAGCUUUUUGUUGGAAGUUUUAUCCAACCAACAUGGCUGCACCGGGUGCAUGGAGGGACUGUCAACGUGCAAUUGAUGAAUUUAUACGACGUAGCAACAGAACAAAGAAAAAUUAUAAAUCAUGCAUGUUGCAGUCAUAAAACUCUUUCAGUUAAUAACUUUUUUGUAAAUAUUUUUUUAGAUGUAAAUAUUUUUUAUUUUUAGAUUUUUUUAAAAAAAUAUAUCAUUAAACAUUAAA